CUGGCUAGCCCAGCGCCCCCUCCCGGGACCUCGCGCCCGCCCCGCGCCCCUCGCGGCUCUGGGCGCGCGGGCCCGUCCUCCCACCCCCACCGCAGGGCCCGCUGCACUGUGGGUAGGCGGCGGCGGCGGCGCGGAGCGGCAGGCGGCGGAGUGAGGCCGCGCGCGCCGAAGAUGGCUGAGAAGCAGAAGCACGACGGGCGGGUGAAGAUCGGACACUACGUGCUGGGCGACACGCUAGGCGUCGGCACCUUCGGCAAAGUGAAGAUUGGAGAACAUCAAUUAACAGGCCAUAAAGUGGCAGUUAAAAUCUUAAAUAGACAGAAGAUUCGCAGUUUAGAUGUUGUUGGAAAAAUAAAACGAGAAAUUCAAAAUCUGAAACUCUUUCGUCAUCCUCAUAUUAUCAAACUAUACCAGGUGAUCAGCACUCCAACAGAUUUUUUUAUGGUAAUGGAAUAUGUGUCUGGAGGUGAAUUAUUUGACUACAUCUGUAAGCAUGGACGGGUUGAAGAGAUGGAAGCCAGGCGGCUCUUUCAGCAGAUUCUGUCUGCUGUGGAUUACUGUCAUAGGCAUAUGGUUGUUCACCGAGACCUGAAACCAGAAAAUGUCCUGUUGGAUGCACAUAUGAAUGCCAAGAUAGCUGAUUUUGGAUUAUCUAAUAUGAUGUCAGAUGGUGAAUUUCUAAGAACUAGUUGUGGAUCUCCAAAUUAUGCAGCACCUGAAGUCAUCUCAGGCAGAUUGUAUGCAGGUCCUGAAGUUGAUAUCUGGAGCUGUGGUGUGAUCUUGUAUGCUCUUCUUUGUGGCACCCUCCCAUUUGAUGAUGAGCAUGUACCUACGUUAUUUAAGAAGAUCCGAGGUGGUGUCUUUUAUAUCCCAGAAUAUCUCAAUCGUUCUGUCGCCACUCUCCUGAUGCAUAUGCUUCAGGUCGACCCACUGAAACGAGCAACUAUCAAAGACAUAAGAGAGCAUGAAUGGUUUAAACAAGAUUUGCCCAGUUACUUAUUUCCUGAAGACCCUUCCUAUGAUGCUAAUGUCAUUGAUGAUGAGGCUGUGAAAGAAGUGUGUGAAAAAUUUGAGUGUACAGAAUCAGAAGUAAUGAACAGUUUAUAUAGUGGUGACCCUCAAGACCAGCUUGCAGUGGCUUAUCAUCUUAUCAUUGACAAUCGGAGAAUAAUGAAUCAAGCCAGUGAGUUCUACCUCGCUUCUAGUCCUCCAUCUGGUUCUUUUAUGGAUGAUAGUGCCAUGCAUAUUCCUCCAGGCCUGAAACCUCAUCCAGAAAGGAUGCCACCUCUUAUAGCAGACAGCCCCAAAGCAAGAUGUCCAUUGGAUGCACUGAAUACAACUAAGCCCAAAUCUUUAGCUGUGAAAAAAGCCAAGUGGCAUCUUGGAAUCCGAAGUCAGAGCAAACCAUAUGACAUUAUGGCUGAAGUUUACCGAGCUAUGAAGCAACUGGAUUUUGAAUGGAAGGUAGUUAAUGCAUACCAUCUACGUGUAAGAAGAAAAAAUCCAGUGACUGGCAAUUAUGUGAAAAUGAGCUUACAACUUUACCUGGUUGAUAACAGGAGCUAUCUUUUGGACUUUAAAAGCAUUGAUGAUGAAGUAGUGGAGCAGAGGUCUGGUUCCUCAACACCUCAGCGUUCCUGUUCUGCUGCUGGCUUACACAGACCAAGAUCAAGUUUUGAUUCCACAGCUGCAGAGAGCCACUCCCUUUCUGGCUCUCUCACUGGCUCUUUGACUGGAAGCACAUUGUCUUCAGUUUCACCUCGUCUGGGCAGUCACACCAUGGAUUUUUUUGAAAUGUGUGCCAGUCUGAUCACUACUUUAGCCCGCUGAUGAUCUGUCUCUAGUUUCUUUUUGUUAUUGCUCUAUGAAAAUCAGAUAUAUUAUUUAAAUUUUUGUCUUACUUUUGGAUAACAUCUGCUGCAAUACGAAUUGAGAGACAUGAAUUAUUUCCAGGGGACACACAAUGCUGUUGAAAUUACUGAAAACAAAAUAUCUGACAUCUUAUUUACUUGUAGAAAUCUGUAACCUUAUUGUGCCUAUGAUAAAUUCUCAUAGGCAGUAUCUUUAACAGGUUAAUAUUGAUGAGGAUUUUUAAUUUACAGUUAUGAUUACAGAUGAUUAACACACCACACUGGCUAACAAUCUCAGUGUAAGGGUGGUUUGGCAGCACCUCCUUGCUUUAUUGUUUAGUGUAGGUAAAUCCAGUUUACUUCCUAAAUUUCAGUAGGCUUUCUGCUGUUUAUGCCCCCAAAUUUUUUUAACAAAAAAUGAUUAAAAAGUAAAAGAACCACUAGUAAGAUAUUAUUUAAAUGUUGAAAUCUUAAAAACCUGCCCUCAAGAUUUCAGAAGCCAACUUCUGACAGUAUUUUUACAAAUACUGCCUAGUAUAUUCAACAGGAAGACUAGGGUCAUGUAACAGGUAAACACAAUUUUAAGAUUCCUUAAAAACAGCUGUAACUAACUCAGGGUUUUAGCUUGCGAUUUCCCUGAAUAAUAUGCUUAUCUUAAGAGCCUUCAAGUUUCAAAUUAGUAUUGGAACAUCUGGAAUUGCAGCAAUUUUUGUCUUUUACAUAAACUUAUGUCAUUUAAAAAAUGCCUUCAAAACCUACCUUUCUCAAAUUCUUUAUGGCUUUAUUUAUUUUUGUAUUUCACCAACAGUGACAAAAUAGUUCAAGUAUCAACAGUCCUUUAAAUGAAAAUUUUUCUCUUUGAUCUUUAUAUUUUGUGUCAGGUGUUAGCAUCCUGGUGCAUCUCACAAUGCUAAUUCUUCAUCGGAAGUCACUCCCUUCACUCCACCUAUCCUAGUCACUACUGUCUGUUUAUUGUGUGAUCCUCAGUGGUUGAAUGAUACACAGCUUUUGAAUUUUUUCUAGUUUCAAGUUUGAAAACACUGUUCUGGACCUAAGGGCUUUUGUACACUUCCAAAGCUUGAUAGGCUAUGACCUUCACUGUUGAACCUGAUGGGGUAGGGAAGCUUUGAACAUCAAGAAAAAUAAUUAUCUCUUAAAUAAGUAAAAAAAAAAUAUAUAUGUGUGUGUGUGUGUGUGUGUGUGUGUGUGUUUAUACACACACCAGUGCUUUUAAGCAAAAACCAAACAGUUUUUUUUUUGCUUUGUGCAUAUUUUUUUAAGAUUUAAAAAACACAAACUAUAUAUAGUAGGGUAGAUAAUAGUUUAUUGAUGAUGUUUUGUUUUAAAGUAUUUUUAAAUUAUGUGUGAUUUAACUAAUUUGUAUUUAUUCAUUUGUUAUUUUAACCAUCUUACUUACCUGAAUUACCCUAAAAACAUUAAGCUCUUGAAAACAGAAAAAUGACAUUACCUUGAAAGAUUUCUCUUUGCCAAAAAUAACGUAUGUUUUACCAAGAGGCAGAUGACAAUAUUAGACCAAGUGUCUUCAUUGUUAGUGGAAGAUAGGCGUGUCUGUCUUUAAACAUUCUUUGAAUCAGGAAUUUGCAUUGUGUCACAUCAUAUGACUUUGCAGAUCUUUUAAAAACUGAUGUUAAAUAACUUAUUAGUUCAACUUUUUAAUAUCAAAGUAAGAGAAUCGUUCACCAAUUUGGGAAAGAGGGCGGGUUGCAGUUUGAGAUAGUUUAAGGUUUAAUUAUUGAAAGAUUGCCAUCUUGUGGCACCAAAGGGUAAUUAAGUGAUUAUUUGCAUAGGGAAAAGCAGUCCUGAAGUUAGUCUGAUGUGCAUUAUAGAUAUGGGAUAGUUUUGGGUUCCCCAAAUGGGUACAUACCUCUUUUGGGAAAAACAGGGCUACCUCAUAAUAUUUGCCAGGUUGUGAAUGGAAUUAACUUAGAAAAAACGAACUAAUCAGCUUAACCCUAAUGACAAAAUACACAAAAAUUUUGAAGGCUGAAGGAAUCUAGUGGUGUUUUAGCUCCAUUAGUCUAAUAGAUAAGAUAUUAAAAAUUUGUUCAUAUCAAAAUUACCUUAUAUGGAUGAUUGUCAUGUUUUUUGAGAGUUAAUUUAUUUACUGUUUUCUAAAGCUUGCCAGUAUUUAUAAACAGCUGUAGUUUGAUAUUUACUGAAUUUUAGGAGAACUAAUGAUCACAGCUUGGGUUCUUUUAUGUUCAUCUUUUUAAAACAGCUAUUUCAUGAAUCUAGGUGGUUGGUUUUUAGAGAGUAUUUCAGGAGACAUAGUCCAGCACAAUAAGAGGUAGAGCAUUGUUACAGCAGGCUUUUUGUUGCUUGUGGGCAGAUAUAGGGAAAGAAUCAGUUGUUAACCGCAAAUUUUCACAUUUCAGUCUUGUAAACUAUGGAUGUGGUAAGCAGAUGUGGGCUACGAAUAAUUUCCUCCAGUUAAGACUGUGGAGGAGAGCUUCUAUUAUUAGGUUACAGAUAAGGCCUUAGUUAUAUCAUGGAAAUGUACUCCAUGUGCUUCUAGAACUGCAUUUCCCAAAUGCUCCACAGAAAAAAUGACUGCAUGGACUAAGUUUGAAAAGUGUUGCAUGCAUUUUUCCCAUCGAAGGUGACAAUGGAUGUAAGCAUUAAAGACUUUGACAGGUCUUUCUGUGAAAAAAAGAAAAUGAUAUAACUUUGUUGAAGUUUGCUUUGUCAAAUUUUUUAUUUUAAAAAACUUAAUAUCCAAUGCAUUUUUAGGAAAGUAUUGUCCCAGAAUGCCAUAAUUAGGGUAGUUAAUAAUUAAGUUAGCACUUCCUUUUAUCAGUUUGGGAAGAAUCUGAUUGAAAAUUAGAGUCAUUUUGUUUUAACUUGCAGACAUGUUCAUCAUGAGUGAAUGCUGGACUAAAUAGAAUUUUUAUGUCUGCAACUUGUUGCAUAACAUCUUGGUUUUCUUAAUCAGUGUGUGUUAUUUUUUGAAUGCAACAUUAUUCUUGUGGUUGGGUGACUGAAAAGCCUGAAACCAGAUUACUUGUUAAAGAAGUCUAAGAGACUAGUGACUCAUGCUUAUGGCUCUAUGGAUGAUAAAUUCUGAUUCUUACUUUUAAAAGAAGUCACUUAUUCUUACUUUUAAAAAGUCACUGAUUCUUUUAAAAUAUGUAGUCAGUGAACAUUUUCUAAAUACUUUAUGAUACCUUAUGAAGAUCUAAUUCCUGUUAUGUUUCAAUGUAGGAAUAGGUAGAUACCUUCUCAGACUGAAUAUGCAGAGAGGGAAGUAGGCAAACCAUUUGCAAGUUGGGUUUUUGUUUUGAUUAACAAACCUUUUAAGAGACACUUUUGUAAUCUCUAGUGUUUACAUUCCUUGAUACUAGGUAUCUGUAAAGAGAAUCCAGGAGCCUAAAUUAAUCAGAAAUAAUUGUAUUUCUAUGUCAGGGUAUUGGCUAUAUGUAGCACAAACAAUUCUCCAUUUUCUGCAAAUGUGUUUUUCAGGACAGUUUUAUAAUUCUGGGUUUGCGUUUUCUUAUUCCCUAGCCAGUUUGUACUCAGGGAAUACAAAUUGAUUUUUACUGUUAAAUGAGACAUAGUUUAGAAAAUAAUCAUAAACAACUAUUACACAUUUUUGAUCUAUUUGGAUUUAUCUGUAGCAUCUAAUAAUGUGCAGUGUACUGAGUUAAUGUAGGCACUUCACCUUCCAUUUAUUAAAAUGUAAACACCUGGAACAUGCCUGCCACAGAUACCACUUUGUCUGUUCACUGGUUAAUAAUUUACGUCCUAUUAAUAGUUGUAAAAUCUCAGCAUCUAAUUGCUAGACAUGUUCACAGUUUUGUCUGUUUUUGUUUAUUUGUUUUUAAAGAACCAAAUUUUUUCAAUCUGGCAUUUAUUUACUUGGUUCUCCUGUGUCACCCUGUGGCAUUUUAAAUAGGGAAUGUAAUUUAUUUUAAUAGUAGUUCUCAAAGACUCUAUUAAAAACUCUGGAUGAGGGACAUGUGCAAUCUGUUGGUAAGACACAUCCAAGGUUUGGCCUCAUUUUUAUAACUCCUAAAAUGGGAGAGGUAGAUUUUAACACUUCUAAGGUACUUUUGAGCUUUAAAAUUAUUUUCUGCUUUUUCAUAUGAUUGUGUUAGUGUUCACUUUUUAUAUAUUUAGAGUUUUUAUACUAGUGUGAAUGUUUGUUUUGAUUUGGUAAGGCAUAUCAAAGGUAUAUACUUGAAUAUUUUUCUAAAUACAGCUGCCAGAGGAAUGCAAAUGGCAAAAAUCAUCCAGAAAACCAAACAUGGUGAAACAUCAUGUCCAUUUGGCAUGAAGCAAAGCAUUACAAAUUUGGAGUGAUGAAAGUGUUCCAUAUAUUUUUUAUAGUGAUUUUUCGAUCUAGAGACCCUCCAUAUUGUUUACUUACUAUUAUAAUAACUUUGUGAGGUAACCAGAAAAAGCAUUUUUGCCAUUUCCAGAUGAGGAAGCAGGACCAGAAAGCUGUUCACAGAACUUUAACGCCAUGCAGGCAUUCAGCAGUGAUCAAUUGCUCUUUAUAGGAAACCACCUUUCCUCUGGGGAAGAACAGUCUGAAUUAAUAAAACAUCAGAGUGGUUGAGUAAUAAAAAAUAAACACAGAUGUAUUGCUUUCAAGUCUUAGAGUGGCAUAAAGUAUUCUUAAAUAAAUAGUUCUUAGUUUAAUUAUUUGAACCAGUCAGCUAUACUAAUGAGAUGUAAUUAUCUGAAGUAUUCGUUAGCAUAUUAGUUUUUGUAAAUAUUUCUAAGUUAUUAAGGGUGCUUAAAAUACUGAAGAAACUUUAAGACAUGAUUCUUCUUAUAAUUUUAUGUGAUUCUCAUAGCACAAUCAUUUUUAAGAAAGGAAAACUAGGCCAGGUGCAGUGGCUCAUGCCUAUAAUCCCAGCACUUUGGGAUCCUCAGGUGGAUCACCUGAGUCAGGAGUUUGAGAGCAGCCUGGCCAACAUGGUGAAACAUUUCUACUAAAAAUACAGAAAUUAGCCGGUGUGGUGGCAGGCCAUUUAUAAUCCCAGCUACUUGGGAGGCUGAGGCACAGGAAUCUCUUGAACCUGGGAGGCAGAGGUUGCAAUAACCAAGAUGGCGCCACUGCAUGCCAGUGCGGGCGACAGCACAAGACUUUGUCUGAAAACAAACAAACAAAACUAGUCCUAGUCCCUGACCUAAAUUGUUAUAGUUUUUGACUAUUAUCUGAAUUUGGCUUAUCUAAAUUUCAUAUGCAGAUUGAUAAUUUUUCAUUUUGUAUUUAUAGUAGAUAAUAUAUUUUCAUAGAGUAUAUAGUUCUAAUUUACAAACACCUAAUUAUUAUUAGCUUGAUAGAGUUUCUCCCAAACCUUAUAAAAUUUUGAAAUGUACUUAUGUUUGAGCUUUAAAAAUUAUAAAAACUUCAUUUAAGCAAGUUGCUGGCAUCCUUAUUAGCCUUUCCACAUAUAAUUGUGAUGCAUUUGAUGUCACUGAACAGUAAUAGCAUGAAGAACAGGUCUCACAGUCUAGACUGGAUUGAGUUUUAAUUAAACUUCUUCAGCCAUAGCCUGAUAAGAAUCAGGCUGGGUCGAGAAGAGUUAUCAGACUGUAGGUCUGUAUUAAUUUUGCGAGCUAAUGUUAAUGUUUACUGCCAGUGUUGCAUAGCAAUGCCAGUUUCCAGUUGUGACUGUGUAUGUGACUUUUGGUAAAAAUGGUUUAUAUCUAAAGUAGUUUAGAUUUUAUGGAAAUAGCUCAUGAUUGUUUGGACAAACAGGGUAGGUAAAUUGCAAUUACAUUUAAAGUGUAAUUAAAUCCUAGAGUGGCGCACUCUCCGGAAAAAUAAGAGAGUUUUGAAUUUGGAGAAUAUCAGGCAUGAAAACUUCUUUGAAUAAUGCAUAGAAUUUUGACAAGGUUCUUACAGUGCAUACAGUGUAACCUUUUUUGAGGCAGGCGGGUGGGGGUGGUUGCUACUUAGUGUUGAUUUAAAAUUUUUCAAGGAGGAACAAAAAUAUUCUAGCCAAGGAGAAUUGCAUUGUUAUUUUUUUCUAAUUUAAACCUGCAUUUUUCAGUUACACAUUUUUUUAAAUAAAUUUUGCUACCAAAAAUGACCAUUUUUCUAGACAGAUAACAUUUUCCUAAAGUGGAAAAGAAAUAGAUUCAUUGUUCUAACAAAAACAAAACCAAACACUAAAUUGUGCCUUCUCCCUCAAAUUAUAGGAAGAGUAAUAAAUUCUUGUUCAAACUAUAUUUUAUUUUUUUUAAUCCCUCUCAGUUCUCCUUAGAUCUGCCUCCUACAAAUGAUCUUGUUUGCAUCUGUCUGAUUGAGUUCCCUUGGCCAAACUUCACACUACCGCUAUCAGAAGUUGUUCGCUAAAUAUAUUUUUCUACUUUUUUUAUGUUGUUUGACUUUAUAAGUCACCUUGAACAUUUGGCUGCCUUCUCAUGCUUUAAAAAUUAAUGCAAUGAAUAGCAGUUUUUACAUUUUAACCCUUUAAAAAGUUUGUCAAGGAAACAACUCAGAGCCAAGAACAAAAUCCAACGAAUCUGUUUCUUCCUUUGGCUGCUGAAGCAGCAGCAAAUCACAUAACCUCAUUAAUUUUUCCAUUUAAAAAUAUAGAUAAUAACCUACCUCACAGAUGUGUGUGAGAAACUGAAAGCCCUUGUUUAAAUACAGGGUUUAUAUCCCCACAUUCAAUGUAAAUUCCUUUUUUUUUUUUAAAAGUAUCUUUGAUAUUGAUAGGAUGAGUAUCUUGAUUUUUAGGUAAGAUCACAGUUUCACAAAUUGUGGUGUUUAUAAGUUACACUUAAUAUUUCUUGAAACCUCAAAUAUUCAAAUAUCAAACUUGUCCUUUGUUGUAACAGUUAUUCAGAAUCUCUUCAAGUGUUGGCUGAAGUUGCCUUAAUGUACCAAAAUACAGCUCGCAAGAUUGUUCACAAUUAUCUGUGGUUGUACAAUGUUUUGAACAUUUAAUGUAAAGUUGUUAUAGAGCUGUGAACUCUAAGGAUAGUAUCUUUAUUGUUUUAGGAAGAAUGGUUGUAUUCUUUGUCAUAUACGCUUAAAUAUACAGUGGAUUUUGAGUGCAACAAAUAAAACUGAAAGUUUUAUUUAUUUAGCAGCCAUUAGGUUGUGUCAUGACAAUCAUAAUAUAGGAUAUAAUAUCUCCCUUUUUUCAAAAACAUCCUGCAUUAAUUCAUUCUUAGCCUACCUUUGAAAAAAAAUCAAUUGACUCAUUGGAGUACUUAAUUACAUAUUUAUUGAAAAAAAUUUUUAAUUGUUGAAAUUGGGACCACUUUUUAUAAUUGGUUUCAGGGAAAAAAUAGACAUUCAGUGCUAGUGUGUUCACAUAACUCAGAUUCAAGUUUCAGUUUUGUUUGUUACAUACUUUUUGUGAGUGUUAUAUGAUGUGGGAAGGAUUUGUUUUCUAGUAACCAUAUGGAAAAGAUGUCUUCCUGAAUUACACAGCACUUCAUAGUUACAGAUUCUCCCUAAUUAAUGUUUGCACUGUAUGAAACUCAUAGGUAACAUAGAAAAGCAGCCUGAGUGCUUAUUAGCUUUUUUCACAAAAUCAAAUUAAAGUUUCUGGUUAAUUUGAAA